AUGGUACGUGGAGGAGGGGGACGGCGCGGUGGAGAGCACGGCGAACAUCAGGAACUGAUCCGCAAAGACGUCCGGGUCGGACGUCCAUACCGGGAGAGACCGGUAUUGGCGGUCGUAGAUCUUGGGCAGAAGCAUAUCAAAAGCGGCCUGACCCGCGCCACCGUCAUAACCCUUCCUGACGAACGUGCCCAUGGUGAAGUUGGGCUUGUGCAGGACGUAUUUGCCGUCGUGGUUGGGCGCCCAGUCGGCGAAGAGCGAGAUCCCCGUCUCCAGCAUGAGUACGUACCGGACCAUGCCCGCGAGCUUCAGACCAGCAUCAGCUGCUAUGGCCUGAGACGAGCCGGACCUGAGCCCUCGUCUCCACCUCUGGCGCUAUAUCUGUGGCGGUCUAAAGUCUCCCCACAAGUACAGCCAUACUUUCGAAGUUUUCCAGCGCUCUGGGUGCGAUAUUUGGGACCCCGCCGCCCGAGACUCGGCGAGCACAUCCUGUGGGAAGCAUGCUCCACGCGGACGCCACACCCAGCCCACAUCCCAGAUGAGAAGUUCUUUCACGCCUUCUACAUACUCAGGUGUAGGGCUUAUUGUGACGGGGUAGGGGACGAGGUGCUGGCCGUGCGUAUGAGAACUCCUAUACCACCAAUCCUCCAUCUUAUCCUUCCUCGGGACGCCUCGCGGAUGAAUUUGAUUCCGUGUUUCCGUGUAUGGCGCGUUUGUGGGUGGCGAGAGGGAUAUGGUUAUACUACCCCUCGACACACCUCGUACAUCCGCCCGGCCCGGCCGCCCAGCCCCUUCACCGGCGUGAUCACUCCUCUUCCUCUCGCCCUACCCCCUCGCCAGACCGGACCUAACUCCGGAGACGUUUUCUUGAUGGACGGAUGGACCGGGCCGAUAGAAUAG